ACAGUUACAUACUCUUCCUUGCUCUAAUACCGUUAGAAAGAAAGAGACAAAACACAAGAAUUACCAUUGGGCCAUGGAACGCACGUAAUUUAUUGAUUUUGAGGUUAUUUCCGUACGCAUAAAAUAAUUUUACGUUUAUCUUGUGAAAUUAUGUUAUUUUCAUGUUUGUGAGUGUUAAAUUAAGUUCCAGUUUAUUGUUUUAUUUUAAAUUGAGUUUAUAAUGUCUGAUGUUGAAGAACCACCGACGAAGAUGUCGAAAUUUGAAGAGGAAGAAUAUUUAGAGCCAGAGGGAGAAGAGGCUUUGGAAGAGGGCUUGGAAGAGGGUCAGGAGGAGUGGCUGAGUGAGGGAGUGCUCACUGAUGAUGACUAUGUUCACACCACUGAACAAGACCAAGAGAAAGCCGAUAUUUCAAUGGAAAAUACCCAAGAAACUUUAGAAGAACAUGAUACCUUAGUGACUAUGGAUGGAAUGGUAACAAACGUGGUUACCAUGGCAACCACACAAGAGCAGAAAGCCAGCAAUUUGACUGGAAACAUAGAGGAACAGCUGAACAAUUUGGAGAGCUCGCGGAAUGGAGACGAUUUGAACGAUGAGUUGGAUACUUUUUUGAUCAGAAAAAAUGAUGGCGUAUUAAAAGAAUAUAAAGUGAAUAAAGAAGAAGCUAAUAUGAGCGUGGACAAAGAGCAAGAGGAUGACGGCAAUGACACGGAUGACUUACUUCGUAUGUUAGGAGAAGAUGACCAGAAAAUUAAGAAGAAGACUCUCAAAGUUGUGAAGGCUCAGAAGGUUGAUGACCAGGGAUCCAGCGAUGACGAUGACUUCGUUUAUGAGCGCAGCCAAGUGAAGACGCUGAAGCUAGCAAAGAACGCCUUAAUAAAACGACCAGCUACUAAGGCAGUACCCGAAGAUAUGAGCGAUGGAGACGAUGAGACUGACCAGUCAUCAGAUGAAGGUUCCACAGUGCAACGCAUGUUUGAAGUGAAGACACCGACAUCUACCGCCACCAAGACGGAACCACAGAAGAAAAUAAUCAAACAUGUCGUCCACAUGACUAAUACUACUAACAAGAACCCAAAACAAGAACUAAAGCAAGUCAAAACGUACUCACAACAAAAACCGCAGUCUAAACCAAAUUUCACCCCCCAAAAACCGAAUUUGAGUCAAAAACUAUCUUCGACGCCAAAACCGAAUUUCGGUGCGCAGAAACCGAUUUUAAAAACGCCGAAACCAAUACCACAAUUGUUGUCGAAAUUCACUAAAUCGGUUGAGAUCAAAACGCCGGCGCCUUUUAAGCCUUUGGACAAGAAUUCAAAAGAUCAAGGUUCGAAGCCCGGGGUGAAAGAUGAGAGCCAAAAACACGAUGAUUUUGAUGAUGUCAUCGACGAAGAAGAAUUUCUAGAAGAUGAUGAGUUCGAUCUUGAUGAAGAGGAGUUUGCAGAAGAGUCAGAAGGUGACACAUCAAAGAAACAACGCAUCAUGAAGCCGGAGGUGAUGGACGAAGAGGUUCCUAGUGAUGCUGAGAGCAGAUCCGAAGAUGGGAGCCUUUACGAUGAACUCCCCUCAUCAGAUUCCGAAGACCUAGACGACUGGUUCACCCUCGACAUACGAGCUGAAAGAGCCGGAGACUACUUACCACUAUUAGGUACAAAAGCCAAAGAACUGUUGCUAGCAGAGCGUCGCAGAGUCAGUUCCCGAGUGGCGACAUUGCGCCAGAGUCUAUCAGCGUUAACUGACAGUGCAAGACGGCAAGCUGAUCAGCUUCGCGCGGCCGCCAUGGCACUCGCAGAGAUAGACGACACUCUAAGGGCCGCCUGACCUGAAGAUCCUUCACAGCCCACUGCUGAAAUAUGUGCCUCCCCUACAUAAAUGGGAUUGCUAUAUUAAUAUGGUCUCAUCAUCAUCAACAGCCUAUAAAUGCCCACUGCUGAGCAAUACCCUCUUCUCAUAUGAGAAAGGUUUGACCAUUAAUCACCACGCUUGCUCAACGCGCGAUGGCGAUUACAAACUUAUAUUAAAUUAGAAAUUAUA